AUGAUCACCGUAAAUAGUCCGUCUCCCAAAGACUUUGAAUAUCUAUGGGAAUUACAUCCAGAUACUUUACAGUGUCUAUGCUCACAAAUUGCUGUUUCAUACUCGGAUUUCAUCGUAAUCAAUUCUACGUUUCAUCAACUAUGUUCGAGUCGAAUCAUAUCACCAGAUUGGUACAAUCUUCUGACUCUAAUUAACUUGACCGCAUGGAUGGAUGCAAGACAAUUUGAGAGAGGAAUUGGUGAUCUCUACUUUCAAAUACUUGAUAUGUUUUGUUCACUAGCAGAGAAUACUUUUGUUAAUGCCUAUCAAUUAUUCUCUGCUAAAGCAUUCAUCAACACCAUUCUUAUACCUGAAACACUCUUUUCCAAGCAAGUCUCCACUCUAAUUGAUACACUCAUAACGACAGUUCGUAGUGAAUUCAUUCGUAUCUUGGCAUUUGUUUGCGAAACCAUUCAAGAAAGCCAACUUGCAAAUCGAACAAUGUCAAAUUAUGUUUUAAUGCUCGAUGAUAAUA